UCGAGAUAAAUCUUGUCGCUCGGUAUAUGUUCGGUAUAUCUCGGAAUUGUCGAUAGAUAUACGACAGUAUCCGAACAUAGCCUGCCCAAUUUUGUCAUAGAUGAACACUGAGCUAUAGUUAUAUAGUACCAGUACUGGUACAACCACAGAACCAUGCAAGUGUGAAAUGACGCAAAACUUUACAGUGAAUGGUACAUUUAUUCCGCAAGACGCUUCUGGCAACGAUAUGUGUAUUUUGUUUAUGAAAUAUGGGCGUUGCAGGUUUAAAGCUAAAUGCAAGAAAUCUCAUUGGGUACCACCUUUGCCUGAUGACCCUUAUCCUAUUGAAAUCAAACCACCAUUGCCCAGUGAUGACCUUACAGUAUGCACAGUCAGAACAGAGAAUGAAACUAGAAAUACUAAAUAUGCACCUGGUAAUCCCCCAAAAGAACCUCUAGAAAAGAUCUCUUCAAUGCCAACAUCCACUACUUCAGCACAAAUUACAAACUGUAACAGUGGCUCAGAUUUGCAAAAGUUUAACAAAGCAAGUAUGGUGCCAAGGAGAUUUAAACAUAUUUUCUAUGACAAAUAUUGUGAUCUUGCAACUGAAAAUGUUGGAGUGAACAGGUUGUUCCUUGAAGCAGGGGCAUACUUUGAUAAUGUAGCUCAGAAACUGCAAAUUUCCAAACCACCCCAGAAUAAGAUAGAAAAACGACACUUAAAAGUCCUGCGAAGAAUUCACUGGCAAAACACCCAGACUCUGAAACAGAAGCUCUCUCAAUAUCCUCCGAGUUACAAGCUAAAGUUUGAUUGGAGCAAGAUCGACCUUGUUCGUUUAAGACCUUACGUAUAUGUCCUUGUUCACGAAUGUUUGUGUGUCGAAGGCGAGUUGAAACCAUCACGACCAUCAUCGUUCGAAUAUCUGGUUGCGGACACUCUAAUUGCGUACCUGGAUGGUGCGUGUAUGAUACCCCAAGAAAUUGAGGAGAAAUUGCGGCGGUGGGGAGCUAGGGCCGUGAGGGCACGUCAGUGCGUAGACCAUUUGUGGCAUACCCUAGCGAUAUCAUCAAAUUCUCCCGAUGGCUGUGCGAAAGAUGUGAUCAGAAUUGAGGACGAAGUUGUCAAGGGAUCAAGAUCUUCGCUUGAUUACGCGCAUGCGUGUGCUUUCGCUUUGAAACGAGUCGAGCAACGAAAAACGGCGAACGAAAGCACGCACGUUCCUCGUAAAGUCAGUAGUUCCGUAAAACAAGGUCUUCAUGUCCAACGAACAAGAAAGACAAAAUUUAUCGCGACGAGAAUGGAGCGUGGAUCUUUUAAUUUGGACGCUAAAACUGUCGGUCGUGUUAUAGAACGCGCAGAAUGCAACGAGGAGCACGUAACGAGUAUUUCAGAACGCGGGAAUGGAACGGUUGAGCACGCGGGAAAGGUAACAAUAGAACACGCGCAGAAAGUCGAUGCGGGCGAAAAUGAUGCACAGGAACACAUCUCGGAGGAGAAGAACGGAACGGAAGGGAAAACGAGUACAGUAGCGCACGAAAAAGACCGGAUAGUGCACGGAAAAGUUGCACACGAUGAACCAAAACGAAACUCUGAUCAACGAACGAAGAGAAAAAGAUCAAAACAGUUUAAAAAUGUUCCUUUCAGUGAGAGGAAGAGGUUUAAAACGCGUUGUUUGCAACUGUUAACCAGUUGAUAUACUAAAAACUGAAUUGCUUAUUUAUUUAAUGUGAAUACGUGUAAAAAUUGAAUCUAAUACAUGAUUGUUGUAUUUUUAUAAAC